AUGGGAAAUAACCAAGCAAAUUAAAAAGAAAAUUAAGACUCAUAAAAUGGAGUAAUUUUUAUAUAAAUUCCAAAAGUAAACUAUGCUAGCGGAGAGCUCAUAGAAGGAACUCUACACAUUUCUGUUUUAUAGUAGUUUUAAGGAAACAUACUUACAAUUUGCUUAGAAGGAAUAGAAGAAACACAUUUUACUUAUGCUGUAUAAAUAGUAAAGAAUGGAACAUAUAGAUAAACCUACGAUAAAAUUGAGAAACAUGUAGGAGAAGGCUCUAAAGUAUUUUUAAAUUUAGCUGUUCCUCUCUAUGAUUUCUCUAACGGAAUGAACGAUGACAAUUUUAUGUUGAUGCCAGGGCAAUGGUAGAUUCCGUUUUAAAUAUAAACAUCAGCAGGUUUACCUUCUUCUUUUAAAUUUUAAGAUGAUGAGUCAAAUUAUUGUUCACUCAAAUAUACGCUAAAAGCUUUUAUUAUUCCAUCAUCUUCAAAUGGUGAAAAGAUUUAAGGAUCAUAAGAAAUCUCUAUUAGAUAAUAAGAAAAAAAAGAUAAAAAAUAAGAACUACCAAAUAAUUAAUUUACAAGCGAACCUAUUUAUUGUUGCUGCUCAACUGGAAGCUAUCACUAAAAGCUUUCUCUAGAUUAACGCUACUAUACUCCAGGUUAAACUAUUUAUGCAACUAUAGACUGUGAUUUUAGUAAAUUUAAAGAAAAGGUCAGCUCAGUUGAUAUUUCAUUGUAUGGUAAUUUAAAUAUUAAAAGCACUAGUGAUCCAAUUAGGAAUAAAUAUUUUACUAUGCAAUCAGUUUCUUAUGAAGCUAAAGUAGAAAAUAAAAAGUGUAAGUAAGUUGUGAGAAUCGAUAUUCCUGAUAAUUAUCCUACAUCAAUAAAAGGACAGUUGAUCCAUAUUUAAUUUUACAUAGGUGUUACACCAGUUAUAUAGUCUUGCUGUUUAGGUAAAGAAAGUCCUUUAGAUCUUUAAGUUUAUAUAAAUCCAAAAUAAGGUGAUAAUUUGCCUGAAAUGAGAUAAAUAGAACGUCCUCUAAACUGGAACCCUGAAGUAUUGGCAGUUUAGAUUUUUAAUGCAAAAUAGGCAUCUAAAUUCUAAAAUAAAACAUUAAAUAUAUUUAAAGGUAAAAGAAAUAGAGAAGCUAAAGCAAAUUAAAUGCAUUAACCUUAAAUGUAAAACCCUUUACUUUGA